AUGAAUUUGAUGGUGUUAAAGUACAAAGUGGGAAUUUUGAUUGGCACCUUUAAGAUUGUACUGGAUGAUGAUGGUGCUGGGGUGGAAUUCUCGGGACGUUACAUCACUUUCAAAGAAAAUGUCGAACAUGCUGUAUCCACACUAGUCUUAUCAUGGAGAAUUCUCUGUUCGAAAAAAGGAACAAAACUUAACGUGGUGAACGGCAGCGGCUGUCUGCUUAAUCAACCUCCUUCUAACCACUAUGUCAACGAGGAUAUCUUGGCUGAGAUACUGUCACGGCUUCCAGCCAAAUCUUUACAACGAUUUCGGUGUGUAUGCAAGCCAUGGGGUGCUUUAGUCUCCAAUUCUGAUUUCCUUAAGAAGCAAGGCCUCAACGUCAAAAGCACAAGGUUUCUUUACUCGACCGGAACUCAUUUCCGAUCCAUAGACGGCGAAGCAUUAUUAUUGUUGAAGAAGGAUAACGACGGCGGCGAAGGUGGUCAUGUUGCAAUGAGAAAGUAUAAUAUUGAUUUUCCUACAUGGCGGUUCUCAAGUAAAAUUGUGGGUUCUUGCAAUGGCUUGUUAUGUCUAACUUAUUUGGCCACAAAAGACCAGAGAGACGUUGUCUUAUGGAAUCCUAGCACUAGAGUUGUCAACACCUUGCCACAAAUUGAUUCGCCUCCAUUCGAUGAUAUUCCACCUUUUCGCUACUAUCGGAUGCUCUAUGGAUUCGGUUAUGAUUCCACAACUGAUGAUUACAAGGUUGUAUUCGGCAUUGUCAAGGACUUGUGUGUAACCUUUGCGAUCUUUUCACUAAGAAAAGGUUCGUGGGGUACUGUUAGCUGUAAACAUCUUCACUCGAGUUGUGCAGAUCCAAGCCAUGGGUGCUUGCUAAACGGAGUUCUGCACUGGUUAGACUUAGGUUUCGGAGUGAUGCGGCCGGCGACAAUGGACUUCUUCAACGACAUGGAAGACCACGGCUCCACCAUGGCCAUGGAAGCGCAAACCCAAUCUCAGCUGCGGCGACCAGCUCGACUGCCCCAACAAAGCCCAGAGCUUGAAGUUCCCCAUAACAGUCCGUUGGCUGCCAAAACUAAAAUUCAAACCCCAGAAAAUUUGAACAACAACUCCUCCAUUGGUGAAGAGAAAACCUGUAAGUUUGAAGUCAAUGUUGACCUUGAAGAUGAAGACGAAGACGAGGAGGAAGAUUACGAAGAAGAAGAAGAAGAAGAAGACGAUGAAAAGUCUAAUGGGAUCGCAAGGGGAAGGGGAUUUGAGAGAUGA